AAGGGACAAUGGACUGCCAACAUCCAAAGUUCCAAGCCAGGUUUCCAAGAUGGAUGCCCUCUUUUUUUGGAACCCGUGGGAAUAGCAUCAGAAAGAAGACAACACAGACAAAAAAGGCACCAAAGUUGACAACUAAUUACAGCUGUAGUUAUGCAUCUCAGAAAAAAAUCUCUCAACAGAUAAAGGAAAGAAAUAAUGUUCCAGAAAAUUUUCCAAAAUUUCAACCAAAAAGAUCCUACCAUAUCGUUAAAAGUGGAGCAAGGAAAUACGUGACAAAAGAGGCAAAAAAUGAGAAAGAUCGUGGUACAAUGAGAAAUUUGGGCAAAGGAGAAGACAGAAGCCGAGACAGCAAAGAUCAUUCAAAUCUUCAUAAGAAAAGGGACAAUGGGACUGCAACAACAUCGGCAAGUUCACGAGCCAGGUUUCCAAGAUGGAUGCCCUCUUUUUUUAGAACCCGUGGGAAUAGCAUCAGAAAGAAGACAACACAGACAAAAAAGACACCAAAGGUUCCAACUAAUUACAGCUGCAAUUAUAUAUCUCAGGAAAAAAUUUCAGAGAAGGUAGAGGAGAGAAAUACUAAUCAAGAAAAUUUUCCAAAAUGUCAACCAGAAACAUCACACAAUAUGGUAAACAGAGGAGCAAUGAAAACCAUAACCAAACAGGAAAUAAAUGACAAAUAUGAUGGUACAAUGAGAAAUUUGGACCAAGAAGAAGACUUAGGACAUGAAAGCCAAGAUGAUUCAAAUACUGAAAAUGACAAUGAGACUGCAACAACCUCACACAGAGCACAGGAAAAGAAGUUUACAGGAUGGAUUCCCUCUUUUUUGGGAACUCUUGGAAAGAGAAUCAGAAAGAGGGACAAAAGAAUAAAAAAGGCAAAAGAGGUUCUCCAUGAAUUAGGCUUCUCAGGGGCACAGUCUCCUUCCUUUGACUUGAAUUUCCGGAAACUUUCCAGUAUUAAUCAACCAACAAUAAUAGAUUGGAGCUUAGAAGAUGUGAAAAUUAGUUCUACUCCUUUGGGAUAG